AUGGCUGAUCCGUAUACCAAUUACUUAAAUGGAUGGUAUAACUUUAAUAACCACCUCCACCAUUUAUCUGCCUCAGCAUCUUCUUCCAAUUCAUCACUAUAUGCAUCCUAUGGAUGCAAUAUGUACUCAGAUAAUAAUAUUAUGAACAAUAACUCUUUCGUUCAGUACUGUCAGUCCUCAUCACCACCCUCUCCUCCUCUCAGAGAAGCUCUUCCACUUCUUAGUUUAAGUCCAACAAGGCACCAUGAAGAUCAACAGGAGUACUCCUCAUGCAGUGCCAUGGAAGUGGACAAGAACAAGGACAGAGAAGAAAGCCUCCUAUGUGAUGAUGAAACCGUGACUGUGGCUCUACAUUUAGGGCUACCUAGUCUUGGUUCUGCUGAUUUGUUCUCCAGGCUGCCCUCCACAGAGAUCUCAUCGGACAAAGAAGAAGUUACUGUUGCUUCUGGUUAUCAAACAAGCAGUAGUACUCUUAACAAGGGUCAGUAUUGGAUCCCUACCCCUUCUCAGAUUCUGAUUGGUCCUACUCAGUUUUCAUGUCCACUUUGCUUCAAGACCUUCAACAGAUACAAUAACAUGCAGAUGCAUAUGUGGGGGCAUGGAUCUCAGUACAGGAAAGGACCAGAAUCUCUAAGAGGUACACAACCAACGGCAAUGCUUAGGCUGCCUUGCUAUUGCUGUGCUCCAGGAUGCAGAAACAACAUUGAUCAUCCAAGAGCAAAGCCUCUGAAAGAUUUUAGAACCCUUCAAACUCAUUACAAGAGAAAACAUGGAAUCAAGCCAUUCAUGUGCAGAAAAUGUGGGAAGGCAUUCGCUGUGAGAGGUGAUUGGAGAACUCAUGAGAAGAAUUGUGGCAAGCUUUGGUAUUGCACUUGUGGAUCUGAUUUCAAGCACAAAAGGUCCCUCAAAGAUCACAUCAAGUCAUUUGGAUAUGGCCAUUCAGCAAAUGGCAUUGAUUGCUUUGAAGAAGAUGAUGAACCUGCCUCUGAAAUUGAGCAAGAUAAUGAAUCCACUCAGUGA